UAAUGUUGACCUGCCUGCGCCUUCAACCUUGCACACCUUGUUACUAGCUACCACAGACCAUGGCCAGACUCUCAUAAUUCCUCGUCGACCUCGCCUUUUCACAUGUCAUGGCCCCAGACCUGACAUUCCAGGUCCUUGAGACACCCCUCGAACUCAUUCUCGUUCGAGGCUGACCCUGGGUCAUCAACCAUUGGCUCGGGAUUUCUGCUUCAUUUCCUCUACCAACCCUUUUUCCACCUGUCGUCUCGAAAUUCUAUUUUCGCUCACCAGCCCUAUCAUUCGCUCCUAUACCCUUGUAUCCUAGAGAAGUGCGGGGUGGACCACCUCUUCUGCGAUGCUUGUGGUUAUGGUUGUCCAUGUGAGCACGGACGACCAGUCGACGUAAUCAAGAGGUAUUUUCACCAGAGGCAUCAUUUGGCGACACGAAGUAUAUCAAAGCAAUCACAUACAACUACCCGUGCCUUCCUCGCAAGCGCUCCUCUUGCUGUCCCUCUUCCUGUCUCGCACUCCUUCUCGAGAGCAUUUACUGACUCGUCUCAUAUCUCUAUCCAUCCUUGAUCGAAUGAAUCCCAGUUCACCCUCAAAUUGUUCGAUCAACCAAUCCAUUGUAAACAUCUAUUCGCCUGAGACUCGAGCCUAGGCGCCAUUGACUAAUCCUCCGCCUAUUCCACCCUCGUACCCGCCCCCAGCACCCACCAAAUACAUCAGAUCCAGCCGAAUCUGCAUUCUCACCAAACCUUGAUCGAUUCAAGCAACCGAGUGCUUAGGUCAUCCAAUCGUCCACGAAUCUUGAUCACGUUAGUCGGAAAUUCAUCUCUACGAACCAGACAUCCGUUCGCACUACCCGAUCUGGUCGACUACGAGUAGAGAACCCCGGACACUGCAACACGACGACUAAGCUGCCCCCACUUUAACCAUUUGUCCAAUCAUUCCACCAUGUCUGGCGCCUUUACCAUGCCGCAUGCCCUGACCGGUGGUGCCGGCUACAAAGCAAACGGUAGCUACGACGAAUUUCUACGCCGGCAUUCGGGGUUCUACAGACGACACAGUGCGGCGAGUAACGCCAUGGAAGAUGACCGGCGUGCCUCGCUGAAUACCGACGCGAACGCCGCCGCCGCCCAGCAGGCUGUGGAAAAUGUUGCCAAUGCCAACAGGCGUGGUUCCGUUACCAUUGCUGGCGGCGGCGCUGCAACCGCUAAUGCGAGAAAGGGAAGUGUCGCCGUAGCCAGCGACGUCACCAGAAAAGACAGUAUCUUCGGACUUGAGGCUACUGGUGGCACUCGCCUGAACGAAAAUCGUCGGCCCAGUACCUCCUUGGCCAGUGAUCUCUAUCACAAGAUCAAGGGUGAAAAGUGAUGUCCUCUCUUGACACGGCACAUGGACCUACUCCACUGCCUUGAUCCUUACUCCACGCGCCAUCAAUGAUCGAUUGGUCAUUUGCUUUCAAUAGGCAGCUGGUCAGAAGCUGAGAGCAGAGGCAGAGGAUAAUAUUAGGAGAUUAAGUAGGGUUGCCUGAGCCGGUGUAAUGUCAAGAUUCCACACUUUCUCUACCCGCUGCAUGUCUCGUUCUACGAUGCGCGGCGCAGACUGAGUACAAUAAUGAAUAUCCUACGCAUCUGGUCGACCCAUGGUGUUAUGCAGAUGAAUUGAUACCUUGUCCAGUGCCAUAUAGGCCCUGAUCCUC